AUGGCGUUCACCAUGCUCUGGCUGCUGGCGCUGUUUAUGGGCCUGACGGUUCAGGCCAAGCCGGAGAACGACGACGAUCUUUACUCGUUUAUCACUCUGCCCGGCAUCAGAGCAGUCAAAUACAACGUCGAGUACCACGGCGAUGGCCGCGACCGCGUCAGUCCUGGCCAUAUCUUCGUCGCGCCCUAUGGCCAGCUCACCCCAGAGCCCCCGACCAAGCAGUACAUGCCCGACCAGGUGGGCCCGUGUAUCUACGACGAGAAUGGAGUCCUCGUCUGGGCCGGCGCGGCCAUGUUCGACAACCGCAACACGUUCGACUUCCGAGCGGUGCACAGUAUAAGCGACGGUCCGCAUCUCUCGUUUGUCGUCGGCCUCGAGUUCGACGGGUCGGAUGAUGGGUUCGGCGUCGUGCUCAACAACAAAUUCGAGGUCGCCCAUAAAAUCCCCAUGCGGUCUGACCUGGGCGCGUUCGAUAUCCACGAGUUCAACAUCCUGGACGAUGGCAAGACGGCCCUGUCGAUUAACUACCGGUCGCAUACCAAGGUGCUGGAGGAGUUCGGGCGGCCGGGCGAGGCAUCGUAUGUGUUGUCUGGAGGAUUCGCGCAGAUCGACCUGCCCACUGGCGAGAUCACCCACGUCUGGGACUCGUUCGACCAGAUCAGCCUCUCUGAAUCCGUACACGUUGGGUCAGACACGCCAGCGUCGCCUCCCCCGGGCUGGGACUACAUGCACCCCAACUCCAUCGACGUGAACGAGGCUGGCGACUACCUCAUGUCCAUGCGCUUCACCAACACAAUCUACCUGAUCUCGCCAGACGGGCACAUCAUUUGGCGUCUCGGCGGCCCGCACUCCGACUUCAAGCAGGACUUCACCUUCUCCAAACAGCACGACGCCAAAUUCAUCCACUCCAACGGCACCCACCACACCAUCUCGCUCCUCAACAACGCCUCCGACGAAGAAUCCAACGACGAGCCGGUCUCCUCCUGCCUCUUCGUCGACGUCAACUCCAUCGCCAUGACCGCCACCGUCGUCCGCCGCUACGACCGCCCCGACGGCGCCCUCACCCGCCUCCGCGGCAACGCCCAGCUCCUCCCAAACAACAACCUCCUCGCCGGCUGGUCCUCCGCGGGCUACUUCACCGAAUCCUCCCCAGAGGGCGACCUCCUCUUCAGCGGCGCCUUCGCCUCAGACCGCUACUCCACCUACCGCGCCUACAAAUUCGACUUCACCGGCCGCCCCGCGAACCCACCCGACCUGCUCUCCUUCGUCUGGGGCACAGACCCGGACCCCGUCACAUCCGACCUCACGACCACAAUCUACGUCUCCUGGAACGGGGCCACCGAUGUGGCUGGCUGGAACUUUUACGCGCGCGGCGCGUACGAUUCAGAGCGUGUUUUUAUCGGCAAUACCACCAAGACGGACUUUGAGACGAUGUACAUCGCCCGCGGGUAUCUGAGCUGGAUCUCGGCGGAGGCGUAUGAUGCUGAGGGGAAUGUGCUCAGUGAGUCACUGAUUCACCAGACUGCACUGCCGGAGCAUUGGGAGAGUGCUGGGUUUAGCGGUGCGAGUCUUGGAAGGCUUUUACCGGAUGAUCCGGAGACUCUGUACUCCCACGGCAGCAGCAGCGGCGGCAGUGAUAGUGAUAGUGAGGCAGAGGCGGAUAAUGCCGGAGUCACGGAUCCGCAUAUGGCUGGUCUUGCGGCGCUGGUGCGCGAUCUCCAGGGCACGGUGCAGCUUAUCCUCUUCUUGAUGGUGCUGCUUGCGCUGGGGUUGCUUGCUGCGGCUGUUGGUGGGGUGUAUGCGUUCUUUCGACGCGGGAAGGGGAGGUAUGCGCGUGUUCCUGGGAAGGAGGAAGAGGAGGAGGUGCCGCUGGGUCGCAUGUGA